CAAUGGCUAGAGCUCGACGGCUGGACUGAAUGGAUUGGCGCGGCAACCUUUUCGAUUGCACCAUCACUCACCUCUAAGAUAAGCUCCGUGGCUGAUGUUGACGUUUGGUUCAAGCGAGCUGUGUCUCGCCUUUGUGUUGAGAAACCUUCGCUAUUGGCCUCUAUUAACCGCGGCCAGGACGGCUCUGCCAUUUCCAGACCUCGCACAUUCCUCUAUCGCCCAUUAGAAUCAGACCAUGACUUGGCCGAAAGAAUUGCAGGACAGACUACCAUCAUUCAGACUCCGAAGUCAGUUCAAGACGGCCUCAGGUCGGUGACCGAUAACUUUUACUUGAAUCCAGAGAAGCGCAUCAGCAUUGAGCUUGGGGGGCAUCUCAUCCAGUUUUCGCUUGUUGUCUCGUCGGCGGAGCCUGGCACCUUUGCUGUCGCGAUUCGUUGCAGUCAUGCACUCAAUGAUUUCUGGAGUGGCGCGGCGAUUCUGGACAGCCUGCUUGAUAAACUCGCCAAUGGACUGGCUGAAGAGAAAACGGCGGGACCUUCCUACAAAGAUGCCUCAACAUCUUCCCUACAUCAUUGCUAUCUCGACCUUCUUCAAGAGCCAAUUGGUUAUACUAUCUUUGACCAGGCGUCUGAAGACAAGGCAAAGCAACUGAUUGGCUCAAACCUUGCGAAUAUCACGUUGUGCCCUGUCGCGCAGGAACCCGCGGGAAACCUGCCGGACACCGAAUACGCUGUUCGAAGACGAGUAUUCCCAAAAGAUUUGACACAGAAAAUCAUGCAUCUGUGCAAAGCCCACGGAGUCACCGUGGCGGCGCUCUUGACUGCAUUACAAGCGUUUGCACUUCUCCAAGCGUUCCCACCACAGGACCCAUCACGAUCCUCAGCCGCGCCAAUUUGUGUGAGCAACAGGUUACGCCAUACUACUCUGGCGUGCAACCAAGAUGACACCUAUGGCUCAUCCCCGAAGCCGCUCCACCAAGUUGCCAACGAAGCAGCUGCUAUCGGUCCCGUUAUGGCGACUACCUUUCUUGUGACACCCUUUGAGGUCGGACCAUUUCUGGAGUUCGAAGACACCUAUAAAAACUCAGCUUGGAGCGAUAGAGUAUGGGAAGUUGCGAGGAAUAUUCAUCAAGUAACCAAAGAUGCAAUUGAAAGCAACAUAAGUGAGCAUGUCGAGUGGACAAAAGGGCCAAAUGCCUUUGGAGCUGUUACUCUGGCUAUGGAAGCCAUGAAAGCAGGACAUAUACCAGCACCACCUGGCAUGCUGACUCCUCUUUCAUCUGCUGGCCUCCUAGACGGGGUGCAUAUUCGAGAAAAUUACGGACAUGAGACUCAAGAAGGAGUCAGAACUGUGAGCUUAAGAGACUUUGCCUUUUUCUCACGCGUUAGCAAUCUUUUUGGACCACAAACUUGGGCUUGGACUGCUUUAGGAAAACUGAAUAGCGUACUAAUAAUGCCCGACCCGCGUGCGCGGUCCGUUCCCAAUGUAGAGUGGUGGACUGUGUUCAACCAAAUGAUCGUUGACAUUUCUAGUGAGCCUUUAGAGUAA